CUGCAACCACCAUCACCUAUCGCAGUUUAGCGCCCAACACUUGAUGAAGCGAAGACGAUGACCAGCGAAACCAUGCCGCCCAUAAACAUAGCCAUGGUCGGCGACUUCUUCCACCCCAACGUCGGCGGCGUUGAAAACCACAUUUACAUGCUCGGCGUCCAGCUCCUCGCCCGCGGACACAAAGUCAUCGUCAUCACUCACUCACACCGCGACCGCGUCGGCAUCCGCUGGCUCCUCCCCGGCCUCAAGGUCUACCACAUCCCCUUCCCUCCUAUCGCCAACUCGGCGACGCUCCCGAAUUUCUUCACAUUCCUCCCGUACUUUCGCACUAUUAUCCUCCGCGAGCACAUCCAGCUGGUGCACGCGCACGCGAGCCUGUCCUCUUUGGGCCACGAGGCGCUGCUCCAUGCGCAUUUGCUGGGCGUGCGCACCGUGUUUUCGGACCAUAGUUUGUUUGGGUUCGAGGAUGCGGCGAGUAUUUUGACAAAUAAGUUGCUGGUGGGGACGCUGAAGAAUGUGGAUGCGGUGAUUUGCGUGUCGCAUACUGGUCGAGAAAACACUGUACUCCGAGGGCAGCUCUUCGAGCCUCGCGAGGAUGACCCAACUGCACUGACUGUUCGCAACGACGUCUAUGUCAUCCCGAACGCUCUCGUUGCUGACCACUUCGUACCCGACCCGCCUACCUCGACGGAUAUCAUAACCAUCGUCGUCAUGUCCCGCCUCGCAUAUCGCAAGGGUAUCGACCUCCUUGUCGCUACCGCUCCGCACGUUUGCCGCCUCUUUCCCAACGUGCGCUUUUUGGUUGGUGGCACGGGCCCCAAACUAAUCGACCUCCUGCAAAUGCGCGAGAAACAUCGCCUACAGGACCGCAUCGAGCUCCUCGGCCCCGUCGCGCACGGUGAUGUCCUCGCCUCCUUCGGCAUCGCCAUCCUCGAGGCCGCCUGCGCCGGCCUCUACGUCGUCUCGACGCGCGUCGGCGGCGUGCCGGAGAUCCUGCCCGAGGACAUGAUCUGCUUCGCGGAGCCGGAGGAGGAUGACGUCGUCCGCGCCAUCGCGCGCGCCGUCCGUCACAUUCAGGCCGGCGCGCACGAUCCGCUUCGUGCCCACGCUCGCGUGCGCACCUUCUACGACUGGGCUGCCGUCACUGGGCGCACGGAGCGUGUCUAUCGAGCAGUGAUAGCAGCGCCAGAGCGCGACCUGAUGGAGAGGAUGAGGAGGAACCUUUCCCUCGGCCCCUGGUUCGGCAUGAUUCAAGUCAUCAUCCUCGUCGUCGACUGCCUCUUCUUCCUCAUCCUCGAAUGGCUGAUCCCGCGAGAGGACAUCGACUACGUGACGUGCUCCUGGGAUGCGGGGAAGGCAAGGGAGGCUCUGCGUGAGGCAGAGGACUAUGAGGCGCAGGAAGGCGAGGGAUGCAAGGCGAAGGGCGGGCAAGCCGUAGAUGGCGAGGUGACGCCAGACGGUGGUGAGGCGGAGGAAGGGAUGGCAAUUGACGAGGCGAAGGUAGGAGACGGUGAUUAGAAGGGAGGCGGUGAGGCAGGAGGCAGGAGGCAAGCAGAAUGGGGUGGGAAAGGCCACGGGAACUGCGCAAGAGAUGAUGCCCCGACAAUUGGGAUACCCAUGAACUGCAGGCGCCCUUCAUUGACGAUCUCUUCGAACGAUUUGAUACAAAGUGUUUGCCGCCAUGAUGAGCAAAGCAAAACAUGAGUUAAUCCACCGAGAGCCAAAACCCCCCAUC